AUGACCGUGCUCUAUGAACUCGUUCGUUCAGCCCUUCUCCUCUGCUCUCCCAUCUGGCCCUUGCAGCUCCUGAAGCGUUUUGACACGGCACGGGUGGACAUAGUGGAAAGGCUGCCCUCUCCUUUCGGCCUAGUGCGCACGGGAGUUGCGCCGGACCACCCUGAAACCAAGAAUGUGAUCAACCAGUUCACUCGUGUAGCCCAAAAUCCCCGCUGCCAAUACUUCGGAAACGUUGUGGUCGGCCCUUUGGUUUCCACGUCAGCACCAUCAUCCUCCACGUCAGCAUUAGACCCGUCGUUAUCUUCAGCCUCACCAUCACCAGCAGCAGCUGUGACGUUGCAUGAGCUGCGUCAGAUGUACCAUGCUGUCGUCCUGGCGUAUGGAGCAGAGGGCGACCGCGAUCUCAACGUUCCUGGGGAGCACCUGAGAGGAGUCUUCUCCGCGAGGGAGUUUGUGUGGUGGUACAACGGCCAUCCCGACUACGCCAGUCUUCCAGUGGACCUCACCUCUACUGACACCGCUGUUGUCGUUGGCCAGGGAAACGUGGCCCUGGACGUGGCCAGAGUGCUGCUCCGACGGCCGUGCGAGCUUCAACCCACCGACAUUGCAGAGCACGCACUGGAGGCACUGGCGAGCAGCCGAGUCAGGCGAGUGCAUGUGGUGGGAAGGCGGGGUCCGGUUCAGGCCGCCUGCACUGCCAAGGAGGUUCGCGAGGUGCUAAACCUCGAUGACAUUCAAGUCACACUCAGACAAGAGGACUUUGCGCUGACCCCUAUGGAUGAGGUAGGAGACAAAGCAUUGUUCCUGGGAAGGAAGCAACUUAGUGGGACGGUGAGGAUAGGUGGUGGGGUGACUUUUGAGUCGACUCAAAAGUGGGACGGUGAGGAUAGCCAGCGGCCUCUCUCCAUUUUUUCUCCGUUCCUCAUUGUUCCUUGCUGUCUCCUCUCUCACUGCUACCUCGGCUUCUCUCCUCUGUCCCUCCCCUCACAGAGUGAGCUCAAGGCAAGUCGCAGCCACCGCCGCGUGUUCGACCUGCUCUCCAAAGCAGCAGCACCACCACCAUCGCUAUCAUCAACAGUUACCAGCAGCAGCAGCAGCAGCAGCAGCAUCAGCAGUGACCGGCGCGAGCUGGACUUUGUGUUUUUCCGCUCGCCCGUUGCUGUGCUGACUGGAGGGGAUGGGAAGGGGGAGGUUAACGGAGGUGUUGGGGCGAUUCGACUGGAAAAGAACGUUCUCACUGGGGACUUCAGGGACGGGCCAAGGAGGGCAGUGGGGACAGGAGAGACUAGCGACCUGCCUUGUGGGUGGGUGCUGCCUUGUGGGUGGUGCUGCCUUGUGGGUGGUGCUGCCUUGUGGGUGGUGCUGCCUUGUGGGUGGUGCUGCCUUGUGGGUGGUGCUGCCUUGUGGGUGGUGCUGCCUUGUGGGUGGUGCUGCCUUGUGGGUGGUGCUGCCUUGUGGGUGGUGCUGCCUUGUGGGUGGUGCUGCCUUGUGGGUGGUGCUGCCUUGUGGGUGGUGCUGCCUUGUGGGUGGUGCUGCCUUGUGGGUGGUGCUGCCUUGUGGAGCAUAGGCUACCGCUCCCUGCCCAUUGCCAGCCUGCCUUUCAACCAGCGCAGUGGCACGGUACCAAACGAGUUGGGCCGUGUGCUGCAAGCCAGUGGAACCGAUCCUGCCAGUGAGGCUCGGUAUGAGCCGGGCCUGUAUGUGGUUGGGUGGCUGAAGAGAGGCCCCACAGGAAUCAUCGGCACGAACCUGAUUGACGCUGAGGAAACGGUCUCUAGCAUUGCACAAGACGCAACAGCAAGUAACGCCGUUCCGGGGAGGCAGCUUCGUCACCGCAGCAAGUAUUCGUGGCGAGACUUCGCCGCUUUGGGGAAAUUUUCUGGAACUCUCGCCGCUCCCAUGAGCGGGAGUCAAGUCAGUGGUGGGAACAAAAAGGACCAUGGAGUUAUUCGAAUGUCGAUUUUCUCGAAAGAUGGCGAUUACAACGUAUACUAUAAUGGCAAAGCCGAUCUCAAGGAUUCAGGUUACCCGACAACCGUUGGUAUUUUUAAGGGGAAAAAGGGCGAGGCCGGGACGCUCGCAUUCGACUUCACGGCUGACGCCACGUGGACGAACGACACGUGGAACCCCGUUUUCCCUGUUUUCCGGCAAUUUGUGAACCACUUCGAUUACAGCUUCGAGGGCAUUUACGAGAAGGCGAGCACCAAGGCCGCGGCAACGGGCACGCUUAAGGAUCUUAUCAAGGCCAUGUUUAACGAUGGCGCUGGCUCGUACUACGGCAUGCCAUGCAACACGCCCUGGAGCCGCAGCGACACUCGCGGACAGCCCCCUUGGGGCGCAACGAAGAGCGCUGGCGAGCGUGAGCGGCUGGAUUCAAGACAGAUUUUCCAAGGGAAUUGGAUAUCCGUAUGCUGGGUUAGCGGCAGCCAUGGAUGGUUCGGAGCUGAGCGGCGAUCCGACGACUGCUGGAGUCCUCACUUUCGGCAUCCUCAAGUAUAG